CAGGCCGCAACUAUUUCCCAUCAAAAAUAUGCUCGUCUACCAGUAGCCUCACAGGCACCAAGAUAUAAAGGCAAUCAACUCCCUGUUGUUGCUUGAAUCUGGAAAACGUACCUCGAAGAAACGCUUGAUAUCAAUUCCGUGGUACAACAUACCCGUGGUUCGUCCCCCGCAUCAAGUCUGCAGCCUCUAUCCUUGGCAUCCUUGCCCAGCACCCAGAACACCCAUCAUAUAGUGACGAUCUCUCACGAGACUAUUUACCCCUCCUCCCUCCUUUCUCCGCGCAACAUCUUCAGGAUGGACGCAGCUUCAGUCGCUCAGUCGACGACCAGCACGUUUGCGACCUAUGCCAAAAAGAUGGGCCGUAAUGGUCGACCAGAUAUGGACAUCGUCCUCGAUAACCAUGACGAGGGAAAGAUCUAUACCACAUUCGAUGCUCUGUCCGGCAGAGUAGAGAUCACCGCGCCACAAAUUGCACGAUUCGACGAGAUUCAAAUCACAUUAGAAGGGGCCGUAAAGACGUUUGUCGAGAACUUAUCACCACACACGACCCGGGCGAGAACGACAGCGCUGCACAACUUCCUGAAGUUGACGAUGCCGUUGAGAGAUACAGACUAUCCUCAGCCACGGAUAGCAGAAGCCGGGCAGACAUACAAAUUCCCUUUCAACUUUGUCGUUCCAAAUCAACUCCUUCCCCGAGCAUGCUCGCAUAAAUGCAACACAGAGCAUGUCCACCACGCGCAUCUGCAACUUCCACCGAGCAUGGGCUGUCGAGAGGUGUCGGGACAAGACGAUUUGGCUCCUGAGAUGGCGAAGGUGCAAUACUCGAUCAAAGUCAAAGUCCUACGAAACGGAGAAGAUGGCAAGGAUGUGGUGCUUGCGGAGAAGUUGAGGAAGCUUCAUAUUGUCCCAGCUCAAGCGGAACUCCCUCCCAUGAACAUUCUUACUGGCAACUCAGAAUCAGACUACGUCCUUUCAAAGACCAAGGCCUUGAGGAAAGGCGUGUUUUCUGGUAAGCUCGGAAAGAUCACUGUUUCAGCAAUCCAACCAAGUGCGAUCAUUCUUCCUUCGCCGUCUUCGGAUGCCACAGUACCGGCAACGGCAAUGGCCACUCUCAACCUUCGCUUCGAUCCUCAUGACAAGUCAUCCCAACCUCCACGACUCGGUGGGUUGACGACCAAGAUCAAGGCUUCGACUUUCUACGCUGCCCGACCUGCCGAAUACCUUCCAUCGCAUUACACAUUGACCGCACACUUCGAGACAAUUCGGGGAGUAUACGAUACUUCCGUUGCUCUAUCUUCCCGAUGCGUCGAGGCUGUAUCAUGGACAAAGCACAAGGCAGCUCCCGCAUACACGAGACGCAACUCAGCAUCAUCGUCCUCAGAUUCAUCAGAUUGCUCGGAUCAUACUUCCGAAGCCAAGCCAGGCAGCGAAUACUACUCAGCCACGGUCUUGGUGCCAAUCACUCUUCCGUCAUCCAAGACUUGGAUCCCGACUUUCCAUUCUUGCAUCGUAUCUCGAACCUACACGAUCGAUCUCAACCUGAGUAUCCACACGCCGGGGAACGGGGUACCUGCAUCGACUGUUUCACUGCAUCUACCCAUUCAGAUCGCAGCUGAUGGAAACCGGAAUGAGCGAACGCCUAUGACCGCUGCUGAGGCAGCGGCUGAAUUGGCAGGCGCAGAAGAAUUCUUAAGGCCGAGAGUGAUAGAAGUUCCCAGGCCUGAGCACGUUGGGAACAGUGUCUUGGUGCGACAAGCUUCAGACUUGCCACCGAGCUACGAGGACUUUUCAGCUUCGCAACCCCAGGUGGUUGAUCCUGGAAGGUGUUGAUUUUCUUUCAAACCAAACUGAUUGAGCGGUAUUGGAAAGCUAUUUGAAUUGCAAGGCGUUCUGGUUGGAUUGGAUAUGGGCCUCGGCAGGUCUUGAUUUCGGGCGUUUUCGGGUUUCUUUUCUCUGGAUUCAAUAAUCCAUGAUGAGCAACAAAAUGGAUACCCUAUAGAAUUUAUUUUAACAUACUUUAAUUCUAAUAUUACCUUCAUAUCUGUACAAAAUCUAGCAUCUGCGUAAUUGCC